AUGUCUAAGCCAGUCGUGUUCUUCGAUGUCAGCGCGGGCAGCACUCCCUUGGGAAGGAUCGAGAUGGAGCUGAGGGCCGAUGUCGUGCCCAAGACCGCGGAGAACUUCCGUGCCCUGUGUACCGGCGAGAAGGGCACGGGCCGCUCUGGCAAGCCCCUGCACUUCAAGGGCUCCACCUUCCACCGCGUCAUCCCCGGAUUCAUGUGCCAGGGUGGCGACUUCACCGCCGGAAACGGCACUGGCGGCGAGUCCAUCUACGGCGCCAAGUUCAACGACGAGAACUUCAAGCUGACGCACACCGGCCCCGGCAUCCUGUCCAUGGCCAACGCCGGCCCCAACACCAACGGCUCCCAGUUCUUCCUCUGCACCGCCGCCACCGCCUGGCUGGACGGCAAGCACGUCGUGUUUGGCUCCGUGACCAAGGGCCUUGACGUGGUUAAGAAGAUCGAGUCCUACGGCUCUGGCUCCGGCGCCACCAAGCAGGUCAUCCGCAUCACCGACUGCGGCCAGCUGGCCUGA